AGUGUAGACUGAGUUCCGGAAUCACUCUGUUGAUCUUUUGUAUUUUCUGUGUACACUGACGCGGUGUGAAUCCGGGUCUGGAGGACGAUAACGGGUCCUGCCAGCCCAGAAACGUAAAAUCGGUGUUCUUCGUACUUGAUGUGCAUAUGUCGUUUUUUUUAGUUUGUGUGACGUUUGUCGAUCCAGCAGCGUUUUUAUCCCGGACCUAACCUGAACCGCCGCGCUCCUUUAUACGCAAAUGGGAGCUCAGUAGCUAGCUAACUUGACGACGACGACGACGACGAUGAUGAUGAUGAUGAUGAUGAUGCAUCAGUGGAUUUAUCCCGGUGUCUCGGACUGAGAUGGAGCCAGCGACGCUCAAGUGGAGCUGCUUGCUAGCUAGCUAGCGAGCUAACAGUGCCCGAGCAGCUAAAUAACGUUAGCUAAAUGGGUGCAGCCGCGGUGUUAUCGCACAUUCUGUUAACGUGGUCAGAUCUGUCCUCCUCUGUCCCCUGAUUUGAUCCAGGCUGGCCAUGUCCACUACUGGCACACAAUGCUAACUUAACCAUUCAGGUUAGCUGCACGUGACUCAGUUUAUCUCGCUUUGACACUUGUCUUCACCUCUGUUCAUCUCUGACCGUCACUGGAUGCUUCAGAGACAAUAAUCGGACGGUGUGUAUCAGGAUGGCACAGCUCUUGGACGGGGCCGGCAAACUGGGCUGGGUUCUGCUCCGGUCUGUGAUCCGCUUCGUGUUUAUGUUCUUCAACAACUGUGUAGCCAUCCCAUCCUACUGCUUAUACCUGAUUGUCCUGCAGCCGCUGAGAAUAUGGGACAGCUCCACUUUCUGGAACAUCGAAGGAAUCAUGUUCAAAUGGUUGCUGGCUAUGGUGUCCUCAUGGGGCUGGAUCGCAGGCUAUACAGUAACAGAAUGGGGCGACGACGUGCGACCCAUCUCCGAAGAAGAAGCCAUGGUCAUCGUCAACCACCAAUCCACAGGAGACGUGUGCACCCUUAUGAUGUGCCUGCAAGACAAGGGCACGGUGGUACGAAAAAUGAUGUGGCUGAUGGACCAUGUGUUCAAAUACACAAACUUUGGCCUAGUAUCCCUGAUCCAUGGGGACUUUUUCAUCAGACAGGGUAAAGCUCACCGAGACAAGCAGCUGGUUUACCUGAAAGAUCACCUAGACAAAUACUACCACAGCCGAGACAGGAAGUGGAUAGUGCUGUUCCCUGAGGGUGGCUUCCUGCGCAAGCGGCGGGAAACCAGCCAGUUGUUCGCCAAGAAAAACUCUCUACCCGACUUGACCCACGUCACAUUGCCUCGUAUAGGGGCCACGCGCGUAAUCCUGAAAACCGUGUCGGCCCAGCAAGAGAACGGGAGCGUGGGCGGAGAGACCGGGACCUCUAACCAGACAGGUAAUAAACGCAGAGGGCUGCAGUGGGUAAUAGACGUCACCAUAGCGUACCCAAAAGCUAGACCCAUGGACAUCCAGACCUGGAUCUUUGGCUACAGGCCUCCUACAGUCACACAUGUACAUUACAGAAUGUACCCGAUAAAGGAGGUUCCUGUAGAGGCCGAGGCCCUGACCGACUGGCUGUAUCAGAGGUUCGUAGAGAAGGAAAAGCUGCUGGCCCACUUCUACGACACAGGAUCAUUCCCCCCUGAAGACGGACAGAGGGAGCCAGCUUUUCGGCAGAUGACCCUUGACCCCUUGUGGCUGUGCAUGAUUCAGUCAUUUGCUUUCGCCUCGGGCUACAUGUGGUACAGCGUCCUCCAGUACCUCUACUGCUGUUUAUUCUGAGAGCCCUGAUGAGGCGGGAGUCUUUAGCGGACCACUGGAAAAGCCUCAGGAUCGGUUGGUGUGUGGCCCGGCGUCAUAUUCGCCACGUAACGAUGGAUGAAUGUACAAUUACAACAGUGGAGAGACUUGACUGCAACAGGAAUAAAAAAAAACACACACACACACAAACACACAGAAUACAAAUACUCGUACAAUAUGAAACUGGACACAGGCAUAGUUAAACUGCACACAAUUCUUUACACCACACACUCGCUCCAAUAAUCUCUCGCACUCUUCACGACUCACAUUUUGAUGUUUACACGUCCUCAUACAUGUAGACGCUCACACGUACAUGACUUUUUCUUCAAAGUUAAAUGAAAAACGAGGCUCAGGACUCCUCCAGAGGAAGCUCUGGACCGAACUCUCUCUCUUCCCUCUCCUAGGCUUUAGCCGCAGUAGUUUUACAGAGUAUAAAGUACGUAUGGAUGCGUGUGUGUGUGGUGACUUGAAGCAUAAUGUCUGCCCUUAUUCUUCUUCCUGGUAAGAGUUGAUGAAGCCCACUGGACCUCUCUUCCAGCCCGCUGAAGAGCUGGCUGGCCACAACCUUCCAGAGGAAGCGGCUGUAUGGACGUUGAGGCUACACAGCCGGCCGCUCCUCUGGCCUUCAUUGCACUAAGGAUCCAUACUGCCCUAACCGCUCCCUUUCCCUGGAAAUACUCCUGAGUGGUAGCUGUUAAUGUUUGUAUUUCUUUUAUUUUCUCCCCUCAACCCGCAUAUCUCCACAACAAUGGCCAUUGUAUUUGUUGUUGAUGUCUUUUUGUUAUUGUUUUUUUUCUCCCGCCUGUGUGUUGAGGCAGUAUUCUGAGCUCACUGAGAAAUAAAGGGGGGAUCAUGUUUACACUGGCGGCCCUGCUGAAAGCCUAAAAGGGAUCGUUGGCCAUGAUGCAGUGUGUGGUUACGAAUUGUUUCAGUGUCGGACAUCAAAAGGGAGGAUGAGUACGGUGCUGUAGUCCUAAUUUUAACAGAAAAAGAGGAAUAAAAAACAGAGGUGGCAUGCAGGGCAAGAAUUGCAGUCUGAUCACCUGAAAAAAAAAAGGAAAAAAGAACCUCCCUCUUUGUGGAUUCCCUCUUUUCACCCUCUGCUCUCCAACUCGCAUACACACUUAAACAAUAUGCACACACAGCCAUGUGCAGCUACACACAGCAGAGUCGACGUCCGUGUCGCAAAGGAUCAUCUCAGCGAGCCAGUCUGAGAAGGCAGAGACUCUUACUCUCCCAUGGACUACAUAGUUUUACAAAUAUUUAAGCCAUAUGCUUAGUGUCGUUGGGGUGGGGAAAAGAAAUGAAGACAAAAACAGGUUUUAUAGAAAGCUACCCUAAUGUUGAGCAUUCUAAAAUAGAGAUUUUGGCUUACAGAACUAUAGGUGUCAUUACUGUAAAUUUACAGCAUAACCUGCCUAAGUGAGUGUGUGUGGUUGUCUUUUCCUCUCAUUUUUGAUAUAUACCAUUCACGUGGUGUCGCUCUGUGACGUCAGAGCACAGCAGCAGAUCCACCAAGAGUGGUCAACUUUAAUUUCAUUUUAAAAUUACAUGAACCGUCGUCCUCAUGUCAUGGUAUGUUUAAAUCUUGUACAUAACAAAGCUGAGGAAGAAUUUUCAUUGUUGGAAAUGACUGCAGCGUUUAUUUCUCUCUUUUUGUUUUUUAUUUGGUCCGUGAUGAUUUCUGAGAAUUUGAAGUUCAAAAAUAUCAUGAAUGUGUUUUUUGUUUUUUUUUGUUUUUUUUAAAGAGAUGAUGAUGAUGACGAUGAAAGCAAGGAAUUUUUCCCUUCACUUCUCAGUGUUAACCUGUGUUUUUAAUUUAUUUUAUUUCUUUGGUUUUAUCGUUGAGUUCCUGACCUUGAGGUUGUUGCGUUAGAGCAAUUGUAUGUCCGUCUGCUGGCUGACAAAAUGUUUGCACAGCAACACACAGGCCCAGUUUCAAACUUGUACUGUACUGUUGUACAUUUUUAAGAUGAUCUGGAUUUAGUGGAAAACCUUGACUAUCAAGCCUUACCUGAUGUCCUGGUGGACCACAAUCCCAAACAAUGCUGUAUCCUUGCACUCCCUGAUUAAAAAGAAAAGAAAACACAUUUGGGGUAGUGAUGAUGAUGAUGAUGAUGAUGAUGAUGAUGAUGGUUUGAUGUUGUUGAGGUCAAACUCUGAGGAAGUGAUCACUCUUCACUUCUGAGGGAGACUCUGGCAGGGCCCUGAAAUGAUGCAGCUGUCCUUUCUCGAAUGUACUCGUGUCGUGGUUUUACAGUCAAUUCUGUGUAAUUUGCUUAGCCUGCUUUAAUUAGGAAAAUUAUAGAGCAGCAGCAGCAGCAACUACCAUUGUAUAAACCAAUGUAAAAAAAAAAAAAAAGAGGUGCAUCUGAGUAGUGUACUGCCCUCUGUGUGCCACUGUUGGUAGAAACUGUCUGUGAAAUGCAUAAAAAGGGCUACCUAAGUGGGUAGGUAAAAACAUUUCAAAUGAUGCUGUAAAUGUGAUUCAUCGAGCGGCCCUCUCAGAUUCCCCUCCAUCGUGAGAGUGACUUGAAAUAAACGCCAUCUUUUUUUUUUUUAAAUCACGUUUCACUUUAUUUUUUUUAAACUUUCUGACCAUAUUUCCAAAGAAGGCAGGAAAAUAAUGUUUUCCAAGAUCCGGUUUUAGGAAAUAAACACAAAUAGGGAUUUAAACAAAUUAUACUAGAACUGUCUGUAAUUUUCCAUUUUGUACUUCUCCUUUAAUUCCUAGCUACACAGCCAUUUUACAACACAGAAGACUUGUGCUGGAAUAAAACAUCAUAAAGAUCCUAA